UUCGAUCAUCUUUGAUCCGAAAACACGUCUCCGAUCACGACUGAAUGGAGCCGCUCUUGACCAGCGAAUCCCCUGAAUCCCCUGGGUCGAGGCCCAAACAGCGGUGGUUCAUUGCACUUCUGCUGGUUUUCCUGGUGAUGCUGGGCGUGGCCCGCUGGGUAGAGGUAAGUGACAAGAAUGAUAGCGACCUGAGCGACGUGAAGGUGAUCAUGAAGAUGUAUACCAUGUUUGGUGAAGGAAAGUUUCAAGGAAGCUCUUACCCUGCUGCAGCUAGGGAGGUGGCUCUUGAAAGUGUGGUUUAUGAUGCGUCCUCAGAUGCAAUGCCACAUGUGUCGGGUGCCAGAGUCUAUCAUGGAAUUCAAGGUAUUUGUGACUUCGGCCAAUUUCUGUCAACCUUCAAGCAGCCAGACUAUCAUCUCACCAAGAUGUUGCAUGGGAAUGGCACUGUGAUUGUGAAGGAGGUUCUGACGCCAUCAGUGAUUGCCACCAAGAAAACGGCCCCGCAUCCCUUGGCGAAUUUAGUGGAAUAUGAGGUGAAAGACGGCAAGAUCGCUUCGAUGAAGGUCUUUUGGGGCGAGCCCCAUUUGUUCGACAGCCUCUUCGUGGCCGAUUAAUGCACUAGGCCACAACAGGCUCCCCGAUCCUUGGCCAAAGGAUGCUAUGGGACGGUCUCGAACGAAGCGAGCGAGAACAUGGAGAAAA